AUGUCGCAGUCUUCUUUGUACGCCACUUUACCGUUUGCGAGAUCAAUCAGGCUACUACGCCUGCAUCCCGGAGCAGACAAUGAAAGGUUAUCAUGUUCGCUGGAGGUCGUCGCGGACUCUUCCUCUUCACCUCGAUAUCACGCCCUCAGCUAUUGCUGGGGUGAUGCAAAUGACCUUACCGAACUGACAUGCAAUGGCGAGGCCUUUGCUGUCACGAAGAAUCUGUACGCUGCUCUGCAUUGCCUCCGUCGAAAGAAUCAGCCGGAUCUUGUCUGGGCCGACGCAAUAUGCAUAAAUCAAGAUGAUAUCCCAGAACGUAAUCAGCAAGUCUCAAUCAUGAACAAGAUCUAUCAGCAAGCCACUCGCGUCUUCGUGUGGGCUGGUCCUGGCAAUGAGGAUACCGUGGAGGUCCUGGCAAUGAUUCGGAAUAUUGCGCAUCGCAUUCACGACCGGUGUGAUCCUGGUGGAUCAAUAGCUACCUGGUUAUCGACAUUGUCUGCUGAAUACGGAAAGGGGAAAAUGAUCAGCGAAGCCUAUCCCGUCAAAGCCGGAGAAUUUUCUCGCGCACAAUGGCGUUCAUUCUGGCAUUUCUACCAAGCUGGUUGGUUCUUCAGAGUUUGGGUCGUUCAAGAAGUUCGACAAACCCUUGACAUCUGGCUCCUCUGUGGUGACCUUGAGAUUGAAUGGGACCUUAUAGCCCUGUCCGCAUCGUGGGCCUGGCUUGGAGCGAUCCACAAUUACACAGCACACUGGAAGAAAGAACGUUUUACUUCAUACGAUGGGUUCAUCAAUGCGAAGUUCAUGUGGGAUAAAACGCUGGUAACGCGAAGACAAGCUCCGUUCUUGGCGCUUCUUCAUCUGGCCAGGCCCCUUCAGUCUACGGAUCCCAGAGAUAAGGUCUUUGCCAUGAUACAUCAUGUUAUCAGUCAGGACGUCGUUGGCGAGCAUGGACAACUUGUUGAGAGGAGACAUCAUCCCAUGGGACCGCAAGACACACGUAAUACUCAUCUCGAUUUUCGAGCAGACUAUGGCAUGAGCACAUACGAAGUGUACCGUGAAGUGGCUGUACAAUCUCUUCAACAAUACCAGAAUCCUGAGGUACUUUGCUACGCUUGGCAGACAGCACAUUAUAGCAGCUCUUGGCCAUCGUGGAUACCGAGAUGGGAUAUCUCCAACAAUCAACCCACUCCAGUCCUCUUACCGUUCCUCUACGACGCAGCUCGAGGAUCUAAUCUCGAAUAUCACUUGAAUGCUACUGUGGAUUCUCUAUCCAUGCGAGGGCUCAACUUGGGUUCCCUCGUCGACACGACUUCGGUCCUUAGAUAUCCGGCGAUGAACAGUCACAAAACGGGGCUUGACAGCGGCUCAGUCGAAAAGAUUCUGUUGGACAUAUCAAGGCGUAUCACCCGAGAUCAUUGGCAACUUAAUGAGACUUCCGAGACUGUCGCAGCACGCUCCCACUCUAAUUUGCAGGCACAGUUGACGAACUUCUCAUCAUAUGUUCUGCGUCUUCUGCAAAACCGCAAAGAGGACAGCUAUAUCUCGUUCGAUGCUAUGUGGUGUGACACCUGCAAACAUUACAUUAGCGGCUUGUACGGCGAAGCAUCGUCCACAUCAUCUAAGUUCUACCACUGCAAUAUUUGUUCGAAUGGCGUUUUCGACCUCUGCACUAGUUGCUACCAAAGGGGAGAAAGAUGCAAAGUACCAAGUCACAAAAUGAGAAAGCUGGAGUCGACAAGUGUUUGGAUCCCAUACGCAGACGAAGUUAUUGAAAAGCUCAAAGCACGCGCGGUUGGUGGAAAGUGGGAAUGGAUCCAUGAUGUCCUUACCCAGAGUUGCAAUCGUGUGGCAUUCUUUAAGACGUCCAGAGGAUGGCACGGUAGCGCAUCAAUGGCUAUGGAAACUGGAGAUAUGGUUGUUAUCCUGUUUGGAUCUCGAGUGCCUUUUGUAUUGAGGAAGCAUGGCUCGGUAUACCGCCUGGUUAGCGAUUGCUACGUUGACGGCUUAAUGGAUGGGGAGGCUAUCGACAUGUGGAAGGAUGGUAAGCUCGAAUCGGAAGAGUUUGAGAUACGAUAA